AUGAGCUUGCCACAUGGGCACAACCGCCGCCGUAGCUCAUCCUUAGACCGCCGCGACCCCUACUCUUCUCCCUCUGUCUACUAUGACGAGGACGCAGUCAGACGCCAACUGCUAGGCGCACGCAAUAGAGCAGUCUCUUCUUACAUCAAACCUGCCCGCGAGGCUCUUCCCGGUUAUAAAGGCAACUAUCCUGCACGUCGGACCAGUCAUGACGAGCACUACCAACAACAUCAAGAACUCUUGGUCGACGUGAAUCGCACCCUGAAAGAUCUCAUUGAAAGAGAGGACAUUGAUGGAAAUCAACAAAUCACUAUUGAAGACAAUGGACCAAAACACAUCAGUCUAGGCACUCUGGCAUCUGCUGGAUACCGAUCUACCGAAGUCCGCGGAAACUACAUGAUCAGCAACCUCCUGCAAGAGUUGACAUUAGCACAAGACUUGGGCAAGAGAGUCGUCAAGAUACAUCGUUCUCGCCUCAGUGAAAACCCCGUCGACCGCUUAUCUCGUCGCAUCAGGGAUGAGUUCUGGACCAAUCUCACCCGGAGCCUUGAUGCCGACACUAUUGAAAAGGCUGGUCGUGAUCCUAAAGACUGGACGCCCGAUCCCAGACCUCGCAUCUACAUCCCACGGGGCUGCCCUGAGCAGCAUGAAUACUACACCAAGGUUGCCCAAGAUCGUCCCGAGAUUAGGUUGGAUGUCCGCUGGCUGCCAGAGGGUCCUAUCACCGCCGAGUACGUCCGCAGUCUCAAUGACGCGCCCGGGAUUUUGGCCCUGGUCAUGAAGAAAGAGGUGAUCAAUGGCAAAGAGACGCUCAAGGGCGAACCAUUCGUAGUGCCUGGUGGACGCUUCAACGAGCUUUAUGGAUGGGAUAGCUACAUGGAAUCAAUUGGGCUCAUCCAGAAUGACAGGAUUGAUCUAGCCAAGUCGAUGGUCAGACACUUCUGCUUCUGCAUCCAGCAUUAUGGCAAGAUCUUGAACGCCAACCGUUCUUACUACCUUACCAGGUCCCAGCCUCCCUUCUUGACCGACAUGGCGCUCAAGGUCUAUGACAAGAUAAAGCACGAACCUGGUGCGCUCGACUUCCUGCGGGUGGCCAUCACGGCCGCCAUCAAGGAAUACUACGAUGUCUGGAUGUCAGCCCCCCGUCAUGACCCUGCCACUGGUCUCUCUCGCUACCGCCCGGACGGUCGCGGGGUGCCCCCAGAAACCGAAGCUUCCCACUUCGUGCACAUCAUCACCCCUUAUGCUCAGAAGCACGGGAUGGCCUUUGAGGAGUUCGUCAAGGCAUACAACUCGGACGAGGUCAAAGAGCCGGAGUUGGACGAGUAUUUCCUGCAUGAUCGUGCCGUGCGGGAGUCUGGUCAUGAUACGUCGUAUCGACUGGAAAGCUGUGCGGCGAAUCUGGCCACGGUUGAUCUCAAUUCACUGCUGUACAAGUAUGAAAUUGAUAUUUCUUGGUGUAUCCGCCAAUACUUCAAAGACCGGUUGGCCAUUCCAGCCGACUUCCGAUCCGAGGCCAACCGCAAGGAGGGAUAUGAGACGUCGGCCACGUGGGAUCGGCGGGCCAGAUUGCGCAAGGCUCGCAUGGACAAAUACAUGUGGAACGAGGCGAAAGGCAUGUAUUUUGACUACGACACGGUGAACAAGAAGCGUACCGCAUACGAAAGCGCAACGACAUUCUGGGCCAUGUGGGCAGGAUGCGCGUCGCCACGCCAGGCCGCUGCCUUGGUGGCCAAUGCACUUCCCAAGUUUGAAUGCUUCGGAGGACUCGUGUCGGGAACCGAGGCAUCUCGAGGUGAGGUCGGUCUGAAUCGCCCCAAUCGACAAUGGGACUAUCCUUUCGGCUGGGCUCCUCAGCAGAUGCUGGCGUGGGGUGGACUCAUCAAGUACGGGUACAUUGAAGAUGCGCAGCGGCUCGCCUACAAGUGGCUGUACAUGGUGACCAAGGCAUUUGUCGACUUCAACGGCGUGGUGGUGGAAAAGUACAAUGUCACCCGUGAACUGGAUCCCCACAAGGUGGAGGCGGAGUACGGCAAUCAAGGGGCCGACUUCAAAGGCGUGCCGAGGGAAGGCUUUGGCUGGGUCAAUGCAAGCUAUGUGUAUGGCCUGUCUUUCAUUCCCAUGCACAUGAAACGAGCCCUAGGCACCAUUACGCCGUACGAUACGUUUGCCAAAGCCACCGAAAUCAAGUUGGGCGGAACCAUCGAGGAAGGCUCGGACGAAUCGCGACCCGAGUCGGCCGACGAGGCUGAAGCAGUCAUCAGCUCGAGCCCAGAGGAGUGA